AAAAAAACACAACAAAAUCGCAAAUCGCAAACGGCAAGCAGCAGGAACAAACUGUAAUCGCAAACCUGAACAAAGAGAGUGAAGCAAGAAAGGGCAACACCAGAAUCGCAAAUCGCAAGCAGGAAGAGAAGUCCAAAAACGGUCACGGUGGCUGCUGAUACCGUUUUGUAAUCCCUCUUUUCUCAAGCUACGACGAGGAACCAAGAAUCAGGUCCGAUUCCAAUGGACAUUGAUCUGGAACCGAUUGUUAAUGAUUCUUUUCGUCAAUCUGGUCGUCGAAGUAAUCUUUCUGAAUCUGGACCGGUUCCGAUGGACAUUUAUCGUAAAACAUCAGAGAAAAAGGAGAAUGUUGAUGAAAAGGAUUGUGGCAAUGAUAGAGGUUUCUAUGAUUGUAAUAUUUGUUUUGAUUUGGCUAAGGAACCUGUUCUUACUUGUUGCGGUCAUUUGUUUUGUUGGCCAUGCUUGUAUAGAUGGUUGAAUACAAAAUCACCAUUGUCGUUUAGAAGAUCCUCUCUAGCUAAAGAAUGUCCUGUCUGCAAGGGUGAAGUUACUGAUAAGACUGUUACUCCAAUUUAUGGUGGUGGGAAUGAAGUUGAGGUGGUUCGUGCUGAGGAUUCAAGUUCUACCACUCUGCAAAUCCCUCCCAGACCUAAUGCAAGCGUGUUCCGAGUGUCUCGAGUGCUGAGGAUUCAAGUUCUACCACUCUGCAAAUCCCUCCCAGGCCUAAUGCAAGGCGUGUUCCGAGUGUCUCGAGUGCUGAGGAUUCAAGUUCAACAUUAUCUCCUUUUUCCAAUCUUCGUCAUCCAAUAACGUUUUAUUCUUUUUCCUAUCCUCAUCUACCAAUAGAGUUUUAUCCUACUUUUUCCGAUCCUCAUCUUCCAAAUAGUUGAGUUUCUAUGUAGUUUUAAUCUUUUUGAACCCUAAAAACCCUUGUUUAUUAUCAUCUUAU